AAGUCAGGGGCGUGCGUGUUGCAUUUGUAUACCUUCGAACCCCUCUCACCCACGCCGCUGUGUGGAGUUGCCACCUCGAUGUAGACAAUUUACCGGGUUUGUUUUCGUGCGACUUAAAAAUGUCCCUGCAAAUCCUGAAACAAGGCGCCGAAGGACGUGUAUAUCUGGGCGAUUUUAAAGGGAAAGCCUGCCUGAUCAAGGAGCGGUUCGUGAAGAAGUACCGCCACCCGGAACUGGACACCCAGAUCACGCGGCAGCGCAUGAAGGCGGAGGCCAAGGCGUCGGAAAGAUGUCAAGCCGCUGGAAUCCUGGCACCAAGGAUCCUCCACUCGGACCUCAACACCCACAAGCUGUAUAUGGAAUACUUCGAUGCGGCCAAGACUGCCAAGCAGUUCAUCCAGGAGGUGGUGCUCACUCAGGCAGAGGAUGCAGCCAAGAAAUCUCUGCUGGAGUUUUGCACGCGGAUCGGUAACAUCAUUUGGAAAAUGCAUAAGAAUCACAUAAUACACGGCGAUCUGACCACUUCAAACAUCCUCAUCAAGCCGGAGGGUGGCAACUACAAUAUCAUCCUCAUAGAUUUCGGCUUGAGCCACUACAGUCAGGCUACCGAGGACAAGGGUGUGGACCUGUACGUCCUGGAGCGGGCGCUACUCAGCACCCACAGCGAACAGCCGUAUCUAUUCGAGCACAUCCUGGGCACCUAUCGCAAUGAAAGCGGACCGGGCGUGAUCACCAAGUUCGAGGAGGUGAGAGCACGGGGACGCAAACGGACCAUGAUUGGCUAACAAAUAAUAAUAAACUUUAUUGGGAGUUAAACUUUGUAAC